GUGCUACAACUCCGUUAAAUCCCGUCAGUUUUACUGUUAUUGAUGUUUUUUUUUUAAGUUUGGGAACAAAGUGGUGGUUCUUUCCCACUUCCCCUCCAAGAGUACACAAUUUAAAACAGCAAGAAACAGUGGAGUUCUGGAGAGAGUUUUUAACUUGUUUGUAGGAGCAAAAGCGCUGAUACAAAAACUCUUGAGAAUGCGUUGUCAUAAUUAACACCCUCAUAUAAUAAAGCAUACACCAUAUUGGUUUUUGUAGCACUUAUGGGAAAGUACAAAUAACAAGAAUAAUAUCCCAUUAUAAAGUAAUAAAAACAAACAAAAAAAAAUUGUUCAUUCAUUAAUGAAUUAAGACUGCGAAGUACAUAUUAAAUCAGAAAAAUUAUUUUUCCUUUUUAUUUAAAAUGAAAGUGACUAAACCGGUUGGGUCCAGAACGACCGACAAAUAGGUAAACUAUGCUUAAGAUAUCUCAUACCUUUCUCUCACCCUCCUCGCUCACACACACACACAAGGGGGUCACACUAAGCUCAAGUUUCGUGGAUGAACCAAUCGAAGAUGCUCACACCUGUGCGCAAACGUCAAUCAAUGCACUGCAACAUUUCCGGUCGAGCACCACAGGCAACUUUCUCCUAUUCAACUAUCUGCUAGAAAACCGCUUUACCUUCAAACCAACCAGGUUAACCGAUCACCCAGCUUGUUCAGCAUAUCAAGCCGAUCGGUGUCUGCUGGUGAGGAGAGUCGAUUGUCGAUGUUUGCUAAUGAGUCCCGCAUCACAUGACAAUGUUUAAUGCUAUCGUGGUCUUCACCUGCACCUGGCUGUUUGCAAAUGCAGACUCCACAACGUGUCCUGAAGCCCUCGACUGUAUUAGUAAAGACUCAUCAGGUCUUAAUUGCAGUGACUAUGAUGCUUACUUCAACUGCAUCAGUGCCCUUCCUGCAAGCUGCGGUGUGGACCAGAGCAUGGUGACCUUUAAGGCCUUGGUACAGCCUGCGAAGGACUUUUGUGAUGCCCUCACACCUCAUUUAUCCAAAAUCAACUCGUGUCCGAGCUAUGGAAAAUGCCUGACGGAAAGUACGUGGGGCCAGAUUAUAAACCCAUCUACUCAGCCCCAAGAAAAUGUGUUCGGACUGCUGUUCAAGUCCAGCACCUUUUGCGGACUUCUGGAUGACAUGGCUGCUUGUGUAGUAAAUGAGACUGGACGAUGUUCCUUCAGUAACGACCUCUCGAAUACCAUGAAACAUGCCAAGCAGAAUAUUUCCGAUGUAUGUGAUGGAAAGGGAACUGGAGGUAACCUCAUGAUACACGCAGCCCUCAUUCUGAUUGCUGCAGUCAUCGCAAGUUUUAUCAAAUAAAAGAAGCAAGAAUACCUUUUACAGAACAAUCUGAUAUGAAAAUACUUUUCUCAUAUAAUAUUUCUUGCUGUUAAUAUUUGUAUUCAGAAAGCUUCUACAGAUGUAAACAUCUUUUUUUAAAAAAAAGUAAGCUAUCCAUGUUAUAUUGUUCUAUUAUACAUUAUAUUUUGGACUCCUUUUUAGUUUAGCAAUACUAUUGACUACUCAAGACGCGGUAUUUACAAAUGAUUUGCCAAUAUGAUUGUUUCUUGUUUAUUAAAAGACUAAUAUUUUUUAACUGGUAGAUUAAUGUAGCUACUUACAUGUUAAUUUUUUGCAACAUUUAUUUUGUUUUGUUGUCUUUAUGCGACAAUUUGUAAAUCAUUCCUUCUACGUUAAUGGCGAUGUGACUGUCCUGGUGUUCAGUCUUUCUCUCAGUAAUAACGAACAUAAUUAUCUAACAACAUGUUUUGAAAACAGUUUGCAUUGUCAGAAUCAUCUUGAUGAGGGAAGGGAGGCUAUCGUCGUAAGAUCAUUUAAAGUUGAUAAAGAGUUAUGCGCCAAUGAUAGCCAAUGUUCAUGUUAAGAGGACUUCACGAACAAUAAACAUUUCACAAUGUAUCGUAGCAACUUUUUUCACAAAUUAUAAAAGAAUCAAUUUAAGUCAUUAGCAUUACUAACAGUACCGACAACCUGCAAUAAAAAAUAAACU